AUGUUUGAGAGCGUUCUGGCCUUAUUCCGAAAAAGAAAAAUCAGUGGAGCAAAACUCAUUGUCCUGGGCCUUAUUCCUAGAAGGAGAAAGGAGGCGGUGGUGGGGAUGGAGUGGACAGUAGGGUGCACUUCCACAGCACGAUGCAGGGUAAAUACAGCCUUUCAGUUUGGAGAUAACUGUCAUCAACAACACGACUAUGCCUUGCGAGAUAGGGUCCGCCCCCGGCGUGCGUUCUGGUCGCAGCUCUAUCUUCAGGAUGCAGGCGUGCCUCCCUCUUCCUGUGGGAAGCGCUGGGUCACAGGGAAGCCUCACAGCUUCUCAGUUGCAUUGGGGUGCAGAGCCAUGUCAGUGCUGCUGCGGACCACGCUGCUGUGGGCAGCGCUGGGGCUCCUGCACCCGCAGCCCCUGCGCUGCCCCCGGAUCUGCCAGUGCUACUUCCGCGACGCGGCGCAGUGCGUCGGGGGCGAGGUGUCACGCAUCGCCACCUUGGGCCUGCCCUCCAACCUCACGCACCUCCUGUUCUACCACAUGGGCGCCGGCGCCUUGCAGAACGACAGCUUCCGAGGCAUGACGGUCCUGCAGCGCCUGAUGCUCUCCGACAGCCACAUUUCCGCAGUGGCCCCGGGCACCUUCAGCGACCUGGGCCGACUGAAAACCCUGCGGCUGUCGCGCAACGCGAUCCCUCAGCUGCCCGCCGCGCUCCUGGACUCGCUGCUGCUCCUGGAACAGCUGUUCCUGGACCACAACGAGCUGAAGAGCGUUGACCAGAACACGUUCCGGACGCUGGGCAGCCUGCAGGAGCUCUUCCUGAACCACAACCAGCUCGCCUCGCUCCCCGAGGGCCUCUUCAGAAACCUGAGCAACCUGAAGGUGUUGGACCUGUCGGCCAACAACUUGACCCGGGUGCCCGCGGGCUUGCUCGUGGCGCAGGCGAAGCUCCAGAAACUAAUGCUGCACUCGAAUCGGCUCGUGUGUCUGGACCCAGGGCUCCUGGACGGCCUGGGCGCCCUGCGGGAGCUGCACCUCCAUAGCAACCGCAUCCUCUCCAUCCCCCCCGGGGCCUUCGACGGCCUGCAGAACCUGAGCUCCCUCACGCUGGCCAGAAACCGCCUGGAGUCUCUGCCCUCCUCGCUGUUUCUCCACGUGCACCGCUUGACGCUGCUCACCCUCUUCGAGAACCCGCUGGCCGAGCUGCCGGGGACGCUCUUCGGAGAGAUGGCAGGCCUGCGGGAGCUCUGGCUGAACCGCACGCGGCUGCGCACCCUGCCGCACGCCGCCUUCCGCAACCUGAGCGGCCUGCAGGUGCUGGGCGUGACGCACAGCCAGCUGCUGAGCUCGCUGCCCGACGGCUUGCUGCGCGGCCUCGGCCACCUGCGCCACCUGUCGCUCCGCCGCAACCGGCUGCGGGCCCUGCCGCGCGCGCUCUUCCGCAACCUCAGCAGCCUGCAGGAGGUGCAGCUCCACCACAACGAGCUGCAGACCCUGCCUGGCGACGUGUUUGAGGGCCUGCCGCGGCUGACCGAGGUCCUGCUGGGGCGCAACCCCUGGCGCUGCGACUGCGGCCUGCGACCCUUCCUGCGGUGGCUGCGGCAGCACCGGGGCCUGGCGGGCCAGGCCGAGCCCCCGCGGUGCCACGGCUCCGGGCAGUACGCGGACCUGGUGCUCUGGGAACUGCCGGAGGGCGACCCGCCGUGCGCCGGCGAGCUGGCUCUCCCUGACAACUCCUCCGAAGCCCCCGCCACCCCUGCUCUGCAGCCCAACAGCUCGGAGGCCGGGCCGUGGGCUCAGCCGGUGGUCAUCGACGGACGUCCAGACCACAAGCUGUUCUGGGGUCUUUAUGUUCUGCUUCUGGCCACUCAGGCAGUAAUAACCGGCAUCAUUGUGUUUGCUAUGAUUAAAAUCGGCAGGCUCUUUCGAAAGUUAAUCAGAGAGAGCGCGCUUGUUUGA